CUGGAGGAUGCAGCGUCACUGUCAAAGAGGGAGAGCUCUGAGGGUGCUCCGUGAAGCUGGGAGGGAAUACAGACGUUGGGAAUUUACACGGAGACCCCAGCCUUUAUCAGCCCCACACUCCAAACUGGGAGUCCUCUGCAGGAUCGUUUCCCACGCCCAGUGCUUGCUCAUCCUUCUCAAGCCAUGAAUUAUCUACGCCGGCGUCUCUCAGACAGCACCUUUAUCUCCAACCUGCCCAAUGGCUACAUGACAGACCUUCAGAGGCCUGAUCCGACUCAACCUCCUCCAACUGCUUCCACCACCACCACCUCUGCCAAAUCCCCUACAGCUGGGCCGACACCUCCGGCCACUUCCCCUUCCCCUGCCCCUGAGAGGAAGCCUCAGCCGUCACAGUCAGCUGGAUCUGGCUUCUUCAGCUCCAUUACAAACGUUGUUAAGCAGACAGCUGCCUCAGCGGGGCUUGUGGAGCAGACCCAAGUCACGACACCCAAGAAGUUUAAGAUUCUCCUUGUGAUUGAUGAACCGCAGCAGGAGUGGGCAAAGUUAUUCAAAGGAAAGAAGGUACAUGGGGAAUAUGACAUCAAGGUGGAACAGGCUGAAUUUGGUGAGAUUAACGUUGUGUCUCAUGCCAGCGGAGCCUGCAGCGUGAACAUGCAGGUUCUCAGAAACGGGACCAGGGUCAUCAAAAGCUUUAAGCCAGACUUUGUCCUCAUUCGCCAACACGCCUUCAGCAUGACCCAGAAUGAAGAUUUUCGCAAUCUGAUCAUCGGUUUGCAGUACGGUGGCGUUCCAAGCAUCAACUCCCUCGAGUCCAUUUAUAAUCUUUGUGACAAGCCGUGGGCAUUUGCCCAGCUUAUCAACACACACAGGAAACUGGGUGCUGAGAAGUUCCCUCUCAUUGAACAGACCUUUUACCCAAAUUACAAGGAGAUGGUGAGCAUGCCGUCAUUUCCCGUUGUUGUAAAGAUCGGACACGCACACUCUGGCAUGGGAAAGGUGAAAGUGGACAAUCACAAUAAGUUCCAGGACAUAGCCAGUGUUGUGGCUCUCACCCAGACCUACACCACCACAGAGCCUCUUAUUGAUGCCAAGUAUGAUAUAAGAAUCCAGAAGAUAGAUGCUGACUACAAAGCCUACAUGAGAACAUCUAUUUCUGGUAACUGGAAGAGCAACACAGGCUCUGCUAUGCUUGAACAGGUGGCCAUGACUGAUAGGUACAAGCUGUGGGUCGACACCUGCUCAGAAAUAUUUGGGGGUCUUGACAUUUGUGCCGUCAAAGCUAUUCACGGGAAAGAUGGUAGAGAUAACAUCACAGAGGUGGUGGGUUCCUCCAUGCCGCUGGUAGGGGAGCACCAGGCUGAAGACCGGCAGCUCAUUGCUGAGAUGGUUUUAGCCAAAAUGAACCAGAUAGCAGAGAAAGAAGCUAAUGCUCCUCAGAGACCUACCACCAUUCAACCCUCACAGGGGACUGGCCAGAAGGGAGAGGUCAUCGGAGAACCCACCAAGAAUGGUGCUGGACGCCCACCUCAAGGUUGUCUGCAGUACAUUCUGGACUGUAACGGCGUCGCAGUGGGUCCAAAACCAGUCCAGGCCAACUAAAAAUCCCCAGACAAAGGUUCUCUCAGAGUCUAGAUGUGGACCCGUCCCUUAGCGGAACAUGAGUCUAAGCGUGCUUUUGGUGUAUAACCAGACGUUAGAGGUGUGAGCUCGGCCUGACCUGUAUUUUGUUUUUUAUUCUAUGCAGUGUCAAAACAUACCGCCUACCUGUCGACCCGUUGAGUUGUACGCUCACCUGUGUUCUAGUAGCUGUGUUUUCCUUUGCGGCUGUUGUUGAUGAUGUAAAAUGGAGAUUGUGCCAGCAGCCAGUUCAGUGCUGCUAUGUUUGACCAUCAACCUUUUAUUUGCUCCCCAACUUUCUGUGUUAUUAUUUGUUUAUUAUUUUUUGGUGUGCACCUCUAGAUAUAUUUCAAACUUUCAGGAAACCUUGCUGUUUGAACUUCCCGUAUAACUUAAAACGUGAACGAUAAGUGGGUGUGUAGUGGUAACUUAUUUUCAUACUAAUAAAUAUUUAUUUUUCUUUUUGCAUGAUUGAUUCAAAGCCGGGUGCAAGUCAGUUGUAAACGUCUGAUGGAGUGGUGUGUAUAUCUAACAUGUGUUUAUCUGAGCUGUGUUUCCUGUGAGUCAUGCUUUGUGAUUGUGUAACAAUGCAAACUAUCCGUUUUGCCAUGUAUAUACACAGUAGUUACAUGCAGUAUUUAUUAUUUUUAUUUAACUCAGCUUAAAAUCUAUAGAAAUGUCACAAUAAAAUAUUUAUGGUGACACAGUAGUAAAAGAUGCCCAUGAGAAACUAAAAUUAAAGAUUUAUAAUAGAUUUUAUUAUGUAGAGCUCUAGUGUCAACACAAAACUUUAAUAUGUAAUUGUUAACCAAAGAAUAUAUCAUUUACUUUUAGUCUUUGCACUUCCAUGGUGUAAAUACCAAGGGGACGGUUUCUCCUGCAC